UCCCACGGCAAUUUAAGUUUUUUUUUUUUUUUCGAAGUUGUCAGAUCACAGUCGCCUUUAGCGCAGUCAUGUCCAACAACAGCGCACGCAGUAAUAACUUGGUUAUUGCACAGAAAGCCGUAAAACAAUUGCGGUUUGAAGCCAGUGUCCAGAGGAUUAAGGUGUCUCAGGCGGCCGCAGAUCUGAAGACCUUCUGCCUCCAGAACGCAAACAAGGACCCUCUGCUCAUGGGCGUCCCCUCGGGCGACAACCCUUUCCGACCCCCCAAGUCCUGCUCCGUUUUCUGAGCUAAUGAGGAAUGAAGUCCAUGGAACACUUUUAGAAGACCUCUACUCUGCCCAACCUCCGCCUCACACUGCUCUUAUUGUUGGUUCACGGUUCAAUCCCAGAAUGCCAAGCACUGGGAGGCCAAACCCCCCAACACCACCCCCCCCCCCCCCCCACCCCCACAUUAGAACAGCUACCAUAUGGUCUUGCAAAAUGAAACUCUAACAUCUUGUUUAGUUUUCUUAUUUUAAGAAAUAACAUACAAAAAAAACUAAACAAAGGAUCGUUCAAAGAGCUGGCAGAUUUGGACGUUUGUCUCAUCACCGAGGCCAGCCUUAAAGAUGAGUUCCCAUUCUCAUCACAGUGAUGCUGCCCAGUUCUGUGUUCAUGUCUGGAGGAUGUGUGCUCCUGCAACUAAUUUCUAAUACAUUCUGUGUUGUUAGCGCUCAAAAUAUGACUUCAGGUGUAACAACUUAAGCUGUGAUCAGCUUCUUAUAAGAAUUAUGUGACUGGCAUUUAGCUGAAAACGAGCAAGGAUUCUGCAUCUAAAUCUAAAUUAAUGUUGCUGGCGAAUGCAAUCAAAGAGGUCCAAUUUUUGGAGUCUUAAUUAACACAGGAAGUCUUUUUUUGCCCUACUGUGUCAAGAGAACAGUGUGGUAAAAUAUAGUUCAUUUUUCUUAUUAAUCAACUGAAUUAUCAUCUUGAAUUUAAAAUAGGCCCAAAUUACCAUCAAGGGAAUUUUACCUGAUCAGAACAUAAUGUGGAGUUCUGAAAAGCAGAAUCAUUGGCCAGUUUUAUGCCAUCGCACAUUCUGGUCCCUGAUAUUUCAAAAGUAUGAUAACUCAGUUCCAUUAGUAUUUCUUAUUGGAAUAGUGUCUGUAAAGAACCAUCCAUGUCGGUCACAAUGACACAAAGGGCCGCUGUGUUUCAUGCAGCAGGUCAAGUCUGAACUUCGCUCAGUCUAUGAAAAUGUUGGCAAAUGUGCCCACGUGUUUUGUUGCAUGUUAAUCCUUCCACUGAACUUCCACAACUCACUACCAUUUCGUGAUUUUCAUGAGAAUGCACAAUUCCCAUUGGGAAGCCAUUAAAUAUGUCACAUCCAUGUCUGGUUUCUCCUUUUACAAUUAUUUCCAAGCACAAAAUGGUGAUCACCCAUAUUUUCUGAUCUACAUUCACAGACUACAUUCUACAUUCAUAAACCAAACCCAAACCCAUUCAUGCUCACCAGAAAUGACACUAGCUGAGGACCUGAGCAGAACUUGUCAACAUAUAGCAGCGUUUCCCAAGCUUGUUGUAUGUUAAGACCAGCUGAGCUUUCAGUUCAAUGUGUUUGGUUGUGCUUUUAAUGGUAUGCUGAUUUUCAUAUCUGUUUUCAUUUGAUCUCUCCUCAUUCAAACUGGUAUUGGCUAUUUUUUGGGAAAGAAAAAAAGAUAUACUGAAGUUUUUGUGUCAAAAUUAAGAUCAGUUUGUUGUUAUUUUGUUAAUAUCUGCCCCUCAUUAAAAUUAUUAAUUGGUA